UUGGCCACCGUGCUGCAGCUCAGUGUCAGGGUCUUGGCAAUCUUCUUAUAGCCUAGGCCAUCUUUAUGUAGAGUAACGAUUCUUUUUUUCAGAUCCUCAGAGAGUUCUUUGCCAUGAGUUACCAUGUUGAACUUCCAGUGACCAGUAUGAGGGAGUGUGAGAGCGAUGACACCAAAUUUAACACACCUGCUCCCCAUUCACACCUGAGACCUUGUAACACUAACAAGUCACAUGACACCAGGGAGGGAAAAUGGCUAAUUGGGCCCAAUUUGCACAUUUUCACUUAGGGGUGUACUCACUUUUGUUGCCAGCGGUUUAGACAUUAAUGGCUGUGUGUUGAGUUAUUUUGAGGGGACAGCAAAUUUACACUGUUACACAAGCUGUACACUCACUACUUUACGUUGUAGCAAAGUGUCAUUUCUUCAGUGUUGUCACAUGAAAAGAUAUAAUCAAAUAUUUACAAAAAUGUGAGGGGUGUACUCACUUCUGUGAGAUACUGUAUCACGAACACUUUAUGUUUUUGGCUGCGUGGCUGAAUAUUUCAAGUAUGCGUCAUGAUAUUUUUCUUGAUCAUUCAAACACAUUAAGAUGUUUUUUUUUUUUUUAAAUGUAUUUGUAGGCUUUUCGUGCAUUCAUUAAUUUCCUUGGGGCCUCGUGGUUUUUUAAUUAAUUAAUUUUUUUCUUCUUCUUCUUUUUUUUUUUUUUUUUUUUACCGAAUCUCUUAUUGCAUCUUUUACAAACAAGACUGACAACCAUGUUAGAGAACUGUUCCGACACUAAACACAUUUUCAGAGAGGGAUGGAAAGCUGAGUAAUGUUUUGUGUAAUUGACAAAAUAUUAAUAACAUCAGGUAAAAUAUCCAUGCGUGAGCAGAGCAUUCAGACAAUUCUUCAUCACCAGGGUUGCCAGAUUAAGUUACCUCUAUCCCUCCUUAUCGGUUAUUACCAAACGCACAAAAAUCACUUCAAACCAGCUCAAACUAUAACAUCGCCAAAUUAUAUCCGUUAAUUACAGCACAAUGUGUUUAAAAUAGCCCCUAAUUAGACCGGGAACCAUGCCAAACCUGGCAAAACAAUUUAUCGUGAUGCGACCAAGUUGCAUUGGGAUGCUGAUGAUGCUUAUGGUUCUGCGCAUGCGCAGUGUGCGCUUUGCAAUUCCCCCAUUCAUGCACAUCGAUCACAGAGAAGCGGCGCGUCCUCCUCUCCUCUCGCCUUGGCUGCAUCAGGAAUGUGCGCGUAAAACUUCUACCGUGGGAGUACGGACACGCGUUUUCCGUCUUCUCCUGCCAAGCUUUCUCUCUCUUUCUACUCCCUCUCUCUCUCUUUUCCUGUCUCCAUCUCUGUAUCUCAGGGUAAUUCAGGGGAGAGCAGGAGCACUAACCGGCACCAUGACAUAGUCUACACAGAGGAUACACUCUCCCUUCUCUCUGGAAGCUGCGUGUUUUCCUGGUGUGGUGGUAAUCCUCGGUCAUGGAGUUUCCCUCUGCCACCGUUUUUGACCAGCCUAAAGACUGUGCUGAGGAGGUGGACUUGAAUGUGGUGUUCCAAGCUGCGGCUACAGGGGACGUCAACAGUCUGACAGCCACGAUACGUGAGGAUCCCUCCAUUCUGGAGUGUUGUGAUAGUGAAGGAUCAACGCCGCUGAUGCACGCCGUCUCUGGGAGACAGGUGGAUACAGUCAAGCUGUUGCUGAAAAUGGGUGCAUCGAUCAACACUCAGGACGCCUGUGGCAGGACUUCACUUUCCCUCGCUACAUACUUGGGCUGGCUGGAAGGCUGCGUGUGUUUACUACGAAAUGGAGCAAAACAGAACAUCCCUGAUAAGAACGGUCGCUUACCGCUUCAUGCUGCUACAGCUGAAGUCGAUCUCAGACUCAUGGCUGUGUUAUUGCAACAGUCAACACUGUGUGAAAUAAAUCAUCAGGACAAUGAGGGAAUGACGGCGCUUCACUGGGCAUCCUUCCAUAACCGCCCGGAGCAUGUACAGGCCCUGCUGCAAAAAGGGGCGGAUCCCACCCUGGUCGACAAAGACUUUAAAACUGCACUUCACUGGGCUGUGCAGAGUGGAAGCAGAUUUAUGUGCUCACUAAUUCUUGACCAUCACCUUGGUUCCACUGUCAUAAACUACGACGACGAGAAUGGCAAGACCUGCGUUCACAUUGCCGCCGCAGCAGGUUACAGUGACAUCAUCUACGAGCUUGCACGCGUCCCUGAAACCAAUCUGCAGGCUCUUGAUGUAGAUGAGCGGACGCCUCUGCACUGGGCAGCUGCAGCAGGAAAGGAAGAGUGUGUGCAAGCUUUGUUACAGCUGGGCGUGGAGCCUGGGCCAAGAGACAUCAACGAGAACACGCCACUGACGUACGCCAUGUACUGCGGCCACACUGCCUGCAUCAAACUCCUAUCAGCCGACAGCAGGCCUGAAUCGACCCGGCAGCUACUUUCCCAAAGCAGUGACCCUGCUAUCAGAAAAGAAGGAAAAUUUCGUGUAUUGAACCACAUCUUCUCAUGUAAAAAGAAGAAAGAACUGCAUGCCACACGGCAAAGGGAGCUGAGCCGAGAGCGCCACCUGCAAGAAGAGACCUCUGAAGUGGAUGACAUCAUCACCAUGUUCGACUGCAUUGUUGAUCUCCCUGCCAAGGAGGACAGCAGAAAGCAACCUAAUGAGCCCGAAAGGCUUGAGGACCCCACUCCCAAGGACCACAGGAGCCUACCUCCUAUACGCACACAGAGUCUUCCACCUAUCACUCUGGGAAACUCUUUGUUAACCAACUUGCACAAUGCACCACAUAGAACUGUGUCAGGGCAGAUGGUUAGUCAUUUGGCCCACAGGUCACAGAAGAGCAAGAGUGAACAUGACCUGUUUGACAGCAGAACAAGGGCUCAGAAAGGCACAGGUCCUCCUUGGAAAACAGAAUCCAGUCAGUUGCUAACCCACAAGGCUUGGGUGUCACCUCCUUCUGACAGGAUGCUGGAUAAACUGUUACACGAAACACCAAGUCCUAUAGAUGUGCUUUGCUCCAACCACACACCCUAUAUCCAGAGAAAUGACCAAGUUGCAAAUACGCAUCUGGUACCACUGCGAAUGAGAGACUCGGCCUUGACGCGCAACAGCUUGGCUCCCAUUCGUGACCACUGCACUCACCGAUUCUCUCUGCCACCUGAUCAAGUCUCUCAAGGAGUAAGGAAGUCCAAAUCCCUGCCCCUCAGCUCUCUGGGGCGUAGUCUAGCAGGACUCCCGCCUCCUGUAACGUCUAAGAGUCACAGACCAGGCAUCCAUCAGAGCCAGUCUCUGUGUUCCUUUCCUGCUCCUCUGAGCACUGAGCCGCUGCGAAACAUGCAAGUUCUUCCCGCUAUCCCACCCCAAAGGAAACGAAGCCCUUCACCUCCGAAAUUCCCGAAGACAACUGAGAAUAACACCAACAGAAGAACCUGAUGCCUUUUCUCAGCCACAUUAAAACUGGUUUCUGUCUGUAAACUCGAAAAUACUAUGAUCUUCUGGUUUUAUUUGAUUGCUCGGACUGUCAGUAAACUCCCAGUAUAUAUUUUCAUGAGGACUUGAGAAGAAGGAGGUUCAUUUUAAUGCAUUGCUAUUGUUAAAAUGUUUGAUAAAGUUUAUGAUGAUAUCAGCCUAUUUUUACACAUGUUUUUACAAAAUAAUAGACACUUGUCUAUGGCAUGCACUGUGUAUGAUCUGAUUUCUGGUUUACCUAUAUCUUACACAAACAUACCUGUAGUUUGAUUAUUUAAGUUAAAUGUUUUAAAUAAUUAACAUUAAUAAAUGGGCUUGUACUUUUUGGAAUAUCACGGAUCAUGGACUGACUUAUGAUUGCAGCACAAAUACAAUGUUCAAAUACAAUACCCUCCACUAAAAAAACCUGUUUUGUAUGCAAUCGUUUGAUAUCCGUUAGAGCAGAGUAUUUUUGUGAGCGAAAGAUCAAAAGGUUAAAGAAUAAAGACAAUUUUUCACAGCCUUCUUUGCUCGUAUUUACCAAGGGGACCAAUAUUAGUGGAGGGCACUGUAUAUAUUCAACUCAAAUGACCAGUUAAAUAAAAACAUGAUGGGGCAUGCUGUUAGUUAAAACAAAAAAAUGCAACUUGUAAUGUUACAGAAACUGGAGACUCCUUCCAAAAAUGCCUGGAAAACCCCUCCUCAAAGAAAACUUAACCAUAGCGAGUACAUGCUUUCAAAAAAAUUAAUAAUGUGGAAUGUCUGUCAUACAAGUUCCUGUGUAUGUUGUUACUAUAGAAACAAGUACAUAUAUAUGAUAUAAACUUUGCCGCUGACACGAGUGUCAGAGUUGCUGUUAAUUUAAGAAAUGUAAUCAACGCCAUCUGAUAUGAAUUGGC